AUGAAUCACCAUGUCAACGCAGGGAGGAAACAAUCGGAGAUGUUGGCAAUGGCAAAAUAUGCACUCGAAUUCUUUAACAUUCAGUUUGGAAUAGAUGUCGAUAAUGUAUCCGACGCAAAGGUUAUUGCGGGAGAGCCUGUAACAGAUGAAGCCCAGGGACUGAUUUUCGCUCCAGGGAUUCUACCUAAAAGAGGGAAACUACGCUUGGACGUCGCUAUCUCGGCUGAUGGUAGUAAACGGUAUAAGGAAGCCUAUAUAUCAGAUGCUGGGUGGUCAGUGACUGCCAUCAAGCCGUUUACAUGUGCAGGGCGAUUCAAAGGUAUCUUAAAACCAGGCUGGUCUGUGGUAUACGGCGACUAUGUCAUCAAUUGUGAUGACCAUUCGGACCCUUUAGUUAUAUCAUAUAAAUCAAAGUGUCCAAUUGGAAACGUGGAGCUCAGCACCAGCGGGGAUACGUUCUCAUAUCGUGUUGAGUUAUUUUCAGAGUUGUUUGGAAGAGGUGUUGGCCAGGUCACUUGUACUGACGUUCCUCCAAAGACGUUUACCACGGCUGUAAUGACAUUUCCCCCCAUACUGCAUAUCGAUUAGCCAAACUGUUGAUACAAUAUAACAACAAUCUGGCUUAUAUAGAAUAGAGGGUAUAAUAGUAUAGUACUGUAUACUGAAGAUGAAUUUGUAUCCAUACAUCGGUGUUUGGAAGAUACAUGUUAUGCUACAUUGUAUAAUGUUUUCCUUGACCGAUUCUUCAAAAGUCUUCAUUGUGUCUUCAUGCACCAUUUCUCUGUCACAUAAUUUUUAUCAGAAACUAUAGUGAUGUAGGACGCUAAAAGUGUACAUCCAUUCAACAGUAAUUGGUCAGUCACAAACGCACGCGACCAGAUAUUUUGCAUUAUAAGUUUAACAAAACCUGGCUGGAUGAAUACUCUCUUAACCGAAGAGUUAAUAGCUGUCGUGGAAUCGGCAUUGUUGCCUAUGGAGAGCCAUGUAUCUUUAGGUAUUGACUGAAUCAAAAGCAUCAUAUCACACUCCAUUUCCUCCAUCGCUAUACCUGUAUCUUGAGCCGUGUCUGCCACUGUUUUAUGGACAAUUGGUAUCUGUUUCAACACCUAAUGGAAUAAAAUGGGAAAGAUUCCAUUAUAUAAAUGCUCUACAAUUAAAAAUCAAUAAUAAACGAUUGGUUAUUAAUCAUCGGAGAUGAACGUAAAGACCAUACAAUUAAAAAAUGUAGUUUAGUGCAUACGUGUCAAGAAAUUGAAACCCACCUUAAGUAAAUAUGACGUGAAUUCCCCUAAAUUCUGUAAUGUUUCUUCUGAAGCUACUAUCUCAAGGAACAGAUCGCCCUCCUUUUCAUCCCUUAAUGUGGUAACUUCUAUAGCUUCGGCCAUGGAUCAGUAAAACAACGAUGCAAAUUAUAUCGUCUUUGUAUCUGUAUGCAGUUUAUCAACAAGCUGAUCAAAUGGACAUGUUCUCUAAAAUACUGUUUAGUUGUAAUAUAUGCUAUUUGAACUUAGUAUACGAUCGUGUGAAAAAAUACAAUUCUCCUCAAGCAGUUCAAGUGUUUAUACGACUCUUUGAAUUGCUCUCAGGAUAAAACAAACCAAUACUGUGAUAAAUGUUAGAAAAUAUAUUUCAUAUAAUAUAGUCUAUACUGCACGUAAUUAUCAUGUGUUUUUUAAAUUGCUUUCGGGAUAAAAGAAAUAUUGUGUUAAAUGUUAGAAAAUGUAUUUCAUAGAGUCUAUACUGCACAUAAUUAUCAUAAGCAUCAUAUGCAUACAUUUUAAUUGCACAAUAUCCAAAGUCCAAAUGGUCCAUUUGAAUGCAGAGCAUGUGUGUACGUUAUGGUUGAAGUUGUUGCGCAUCAACAAAUUAUUUUUACAAAACAAACUUUACAAUACAUAAAAUAUACUAUUGCAUAGUAUUCA